GAACCAUUUGACGCGGCGGCUACCCCGAAGAGAAGAAGAAGCGAGCGUGGUCGUCUUGGAUCUGAUGGCGAGGAGAGCGAUCUCCACGAUCACCGGAGGCGCCACCCGCUCCGUCCUCGGCAUCCACGUCUUCCACUGCCCGGAUGUGGUGGGGAUCGUCGCCAAGCUCUCGGAGUGCAUUGCAUCGCGAGGUGGAAACAUUCGCAGCGUGGAUGUCUUUGUCCCUGAGAAUAGGCAGGACUUUUAUUCCAGGAGUGAAUUUGUAUUUGAUCCUACUCAUUGGCCUCGGGAUGUGGUGGACAAUGACUUCAUCAAAUUAUCAAAGUUAUUCAGUGCAGAAAAAUCUAUUGUACGAGUCCCUGAUCUAGAUCCUAAAUAUAAGAUUGUGAUUCUUGCUUCAAAGCAGGAACAUUGUUUGGUGGACUUGUUAUAUAAAUGGCAGGAGGGUAGACUACCUGUGGAUAUCAGCUGUGUGAUAAGCAAUCAUCAAAGAGCUCCAAAUACACAUGUUAUUCGUUUUCUUGAAAGACAUGGAAUUCCAUAUCAUUACUUGCCAACAAGUGUAGGAAAUAAAAGAGAAGCAGAGAUCCUGGAGUUGGUUGAAGAUACGGAUUUUCUUGUACUUGCAAGAUAUAUGCAGAUACUGUCUGGAAGGUUUUUGGAGAGUUAUGGUAAAGAUAUAAUUAACAUCCAUCAUGGCCUUCUUCCAUCAUUUAAGGGUGGGAGUCCUUCCAAACAGGCUUUUGAUGCUGGGGUAAAAUUGAUUGGUGCAACAAGUCAUUUUGUAACUCAAGAGCUGGAUGCUGGUCCAAUUAUUGAACAAAUGGUUGAGAGAGUUUCUCACAGGGAUACCUUGCAAAGUUUUGUGCAGAAAUCAGAGAAUCUCGAAAAGCAAUGUCUCCUGCAAUCAAUCAAAUCGUAUUGUGAACUUCGGGUGCUACCGUAUCAAGAGAACAAGACUCUUGUAUUCUGAAAUGGUCCAUUUUUAAGUGUUGCAAAUUUUAAUUAUCUCUGUCAUCCAAAAAUUUAGGAUUAUGUUAUUGGCAUACCUUUGUUCUUAUUUUCGAGGUCAAUUUAAAAUGCUUUACCAUCUUUAUCUCAA